AUGUCUGAUCUUCCUAUUGACAGAAUCUCAGCUGAUCUUCCACCAUUUACUUAUGUUGGUGUUGAUUAUUUUGGACCAAUAGAAGUAAAGAGAGGCAGGAGUCUUGUUAAGAGAUAUGGAGUUCUCUUCACAUGCCUAACCUGUCGUGCAGUCCACCUUGAGGUGGCACAUUCUCUUGAUACAGGCUCCUGCAUUAAUGCCAUCAGGAGAUUCAUCUGCCGCAGAGGACAGGUCAAAGAAAUCCGGUCAGACAAUGGAACCAACUUUGUCAGCUCAAAUCGUGAGUUAAAACAAGCUAUGUUAGAGCUAAACCAAAGUAAAAUCCAAAAAGGUUUAGCACAGGAUGGCAUAAAGUGGACCUUUAACCCGCCCUAUGGGGCCCAUCAUGGUGGAGUAUGGGAGCGCUUGGUGCAAGAAAUAAAGAGAAUAUUAUACUCUAUCACAAACCAGCAAGUACUAGAUGAUGAAACCUUGCAUACAGUUUUUUGUGAAGUGGAGGCUAUACUGAAUGACCGCCCAAUCACACCUUCUUCUGACGAUCCCAAUGAUGUAGAAGCUCUUACUCCAAAUCACUUGCUCCAGUUAAAAGGCAAACCUGUGCUGCCACCAGGUUUAUUUAAAAAAGAGGAUCUGUAUCUGCGAAGACGAUGGAAACAAGCCCAGUAUAUUGCGGAUCUAUUCUGGAAAAGGUGGGUGAAAGAAUACCUUCCUAUGUUGCAGGAACGACAGAAAUGGAACAAGAUUCAUAGGAACUUUUGCAUUGGUGAUGUUGUGCUUGUUGUUGAUGGAGCUGCACCAAGAAAUUCUUGGCCCAUUGGCCGCAUCACUGAAACCAUGGCCGAUGCACACGGAGUAGUUCGCCGUGUUAGAGUUAAGACACGAACAAAUGAGCUGGAGAGGCCAAUCAACAAAAUGUCUCCUGGUGGAGGCCAUCUAGAGGAAACAAUGAAUGUUUGCCUCCAACUGAGCCAAGUUCUGGAACCUCUGACUCUACAUUUACACUGA